CAAGUUUCCUAUUUUGGCUCUUACCUUCAAAGCGUGGCGCUACUAUUCCACCGGGCUGAGAAGUAUGGUCUCUUCCUGUCCGCCUAUGAUGCAGUUGGCUUCAACGCCAUAUGCCGUGAGACACGGUCAAUUUCUAUCCUCCAGUGGGGACUGGACUCUUUUUACUCUCAAGGUUGCGACCGGCCUCGAAUAACUCCCAACAAAGAAUAGUAUUCGUCGGUACAGGACGUCACAAUAUCCCAUAUCUGACAAGGCAAGCUCUGUUGUGUAUAGCCACAAAACGGGUUACAACCUUGCGAAGCGAGCCGAGCCUCGUGCUGGAUGCUUUGCUUCCACGGAUCAGCGCGUGGCAGUUCCAUGCUGCAGACUAGGCAUCUCUCAUAUGGAAGGGUUCUCGUGGCGUUGGCUGGGCAUACGCAGUGAUAUCCCUCCUUUGGAACAAAGAAGAGAAGUACGUACCCGGUCGAGCCAAUCUCACUGCACAUCAUGAAGAGGCAGUGUCAGUUUUGUGUGCUUACGUGUGGACAAGCUGACAACCACCACAUUUGGAAAUGGGACCCAAUCCGCGUCCCCAAAGACGGCUGAGAGAAGGCCUUUCGCCCAACGAGAGAAAAGACACACCGGCACGACCGCAGUCGGUCCGCUCUCAUAUAAGACGGCUGGCGCUGUUGUCAAUAUCUGGGGUAACUUGGACAGGCCCCAACCACAUUGCACUUUGCCAUAUCAAGACCCCAACUGUUCUUGUCCUUCUUCACACUGUUAAGCUCUUCUAUUCCCUCAGCCCUAGUGGGAUUCGUUCACAAUGGCUUCAAGCAGGCUCAUGAAAGCCAUCUAUGUGGCUUUGUUUUUGCUUUACGUUGACGCAGCCAUCUCAUUAUCCCUUGUCUCGUCAAUGGUGGCAUUUCUUCAUGGACGCGGCGGCCAACCAUUCGAGGUCCGACGACUUGGUUCGGUCUUCGACCUUCCCGGAGAACCUGCACAUCUUUUGACGGACCACGGCCACACGACAAAUGCAGCAGGAGGUACGGGCGUCGUCCUUGUAGGGUUCGGUGGCCUCCUAGCUUUGUGGUUGGAGCAUAGGUCCAGGGCAAAGUACGGGAAAACAUCGCCAUUCUACUAUCUCUGGGCCCUUAUCACGAUUCUCAGCUGGCUUCUUACUCUCACGGCUCUGAUCUAUACCUAUGUCCUGACCAACAAGCAUUCGGAUCAGGGUAUCGACCUCGCCUACGCAGAAGGCAGUGCUCCGAAGCCGUACCCACGGGACUCUUGGACCCCGGAGAACUGGUAUACGCUGGUCAACAGUCUAUCACUUGUCCACAGCGACGAUCACGACAUACUGAAGAAGAAAUUGAGAACCAUGCGCGGAUGGCGCUACAACCUUAUUCCCUUCAUGAUUCUUGGUUUCAUUCUCAUGGUCCUCGUCAUCGUGGAGCUGUUGAGUUUCAGGAGGUCGAGGGGUAGGAAGACAGAACAGCCAUUUGAAGAACGACCGCAUGAGUCCGCUCACUUGGUAGCCUGAUGUGGGCUUUCAAGUUGGGGAACAUAAGGGAUUUGUGAUUGUGGUCACUUGAGCGGUACGGUCGAGAUGUCAUAACCGAUGUCAAUUCAUUAGUAAACAAAGGGUCUUGCUCAAAAGAGGUAGAUGGAUGGAAGAGUGUCGACAUAUGAGUAACAAAGAUGAUCUCAGUGGUACUAUAGUUUGAAAGGAAUAUAUUAUAUAUAGCCGCC